UCUCCGAUUUAUUCGCGAAAAGUUUCUUAUUUAUUUGUUCAAAAAAUAGAAGUGAAUUUGAGGCCCCUUCCGUUUUCCUCCAACCAGAGCUGCAAUUCCAUCUCCGAGCAUCUUUGGAGAUGCCUAUUAAGAUGGAAGUUGUCAGUUUUGGAUACUGGAAUGAUUGCGUGGAUCCUGAUGACUUGGAGGCAAUGUGGAUGGAACCUGAUGUAAAAUCGGAGUGGAUUAAUGUUGGAGAAACUAAGGGAUCCAAGGUCCACCUCUCACGGGAUUCUGAUAAUCAGCCUUAUAUAACACAGACAGAAAUGAGGGCUGUAGCAGGAAUUGUUGUCCAAAGGCAUUUUGUCUCACAAAUAGAUAUGGACAUGCUUUGCACCAUUGCUGAGAUUGAAAGUGGAAGACAGAUACUGGCCAAAAGAUACAACAAAAAACCUGAUGAGGUCAAUAUGGGGAUAAUGCAGAUAUCACCAAAAAUAGCCGAGUGGUUCAUCAGGGAGUCGGGUUACAGGACAUAUAACAUGGCUGAGGAUUCCAAAUCCUUAUAUAAGCCUUUUCUCAAUGUUUACCUUGCCGCUGCAUAUCUUAAAUGGUUAUCAAACUUUGACAACAAAGAAAGAAGUGAAGAAUUCAUGAUUAGAGCUUAUAAAGGUGGACCGAAAAAAGCAACUCACAAAUCAACUUUGCCAUACUGGAAAAAAUAUCUCUCUAUUAAGGAAAGUCUUCCAUCCAGAAAAUUUUUUGGAGUUGGUCCUGCACCUGAUGCUCAGUCACGCCAUGGUGGUGGAGUUUCACAAAGCAAAGGUCCAAUCCAUGCAACUUGGGAUUCAAGGACUUCGCCAGAAGACAUGGCAUUGAUGUGGAAUAAUCCCGGUGUAAAAAAAGAAUGGACAAAAUCCGGUGAGAAAAAGGGGGAAGUGCGAUUCUCUCAUGACGUAGAAAAACAUCCUUAUCUUUCUCGGGUAGAACUAAGGGCAGUUGCAGAGAUCAUUUGGACUAAACACUUUAGCAAGAAAGGGGGAGAUAAAUCUGCUGUAUUAUGCGCUCUUUGUGAGAUGAUUAGUAUGCGGUUCAUAAAUGGAGUCGGGCAACACACAGGGCUAAUGGGAGUCGACUAUCCCACAGCACGUUGGCUAUACGACGGCUUGGGCUACAAGGCUUACUCCGUUGAGGCUGUCGAAGAUCUCACCAAGCCUUUUGUAUCCAUGUACUUUGGUGCAGCAUACAUGACUUGGUUAUCGGAAUAUGAAGGAAGGGAAAGAAGUCUCGCAUUUGUGGCUCAGGCCUAUCUGUGUGGACCUCAUAACGUGAGCUUGCAAGAGACUGGCCCUUUACGCGAUAAGUUCGAAGAAAUACUUAGCCGCUACGAAAAAUAUAGCAGAGACUCUAGCAGCGGUUGCAUUAUCAUGUGAACAUCCAUACAUGCACAUAUGUAUCUAUAUACAUCACAUAAUUUUUCUCUCCUGUAAAAAAGCAAAUAUGUAUUUUGUAUAUAUCUGUCCAAAUGUCAUUGCGAGAAUAUAUGUAACCAUUUUUGUGUAAAUGCUAUGGUUGUGUCGAGUUGCAUCGCCCCGUUUUUGUAUUGCUA